AUGUUGAACUGGGCGCGCAAGGGACUGGGCCUCAAGGAGGAGAUGCACGGUGCUGCCGCCGUGCAAUCCGUCGGCGAGCAGGUCUCGGCUACUCCUUACACCCUCACUACCCGCGAUGAUCACAAGUGGACUCUGCUGGAGGAGACCAAUGUCGAGACCAAGACCUUCUACGUCUUCACCGACGACGGACAGAUCUGCAUGUUCCAGGUUGUAUACAGCAGUUUGUUGGGCAUGAAGAAGACCACCACCGUCAACGUCAAGAUCUUCCCGAAAAAGGCGGGCGACAAGGUCGUGCUUUGGGAUACCGAUGAGCUCAAGUCGUGGUCGUGGUCCGACGACAAGGCGGACUUCAAGGGCGACUACAGCUCGGCCACCAUCAGCGCCGAUGGCAAGAGCUACCACCUGAAGACUCAAAACACCAAGGUCAGCGCGGACCUCACCUUCACACAGGCUGCACCAGGCUUCAAGGUUGGAGCCAAUGGCACGACCACCUUUGGCACCGAUCCCGCCGCCCCGUGGGGUCGCAUGGUCCACCACUUCUGGCCUCGCUGCACCGUCACCGGUUCAAUCAGUGGCAACGGCACCGUGGUGGAUGUCAAGGGUCGCGGCAUGUACGCCUACGCCCUCCAGGGGAUGAAGCCACACUUUGCCGCCUCGCGAUGGAACUUCUUCACCUUCCAGGGCCCUACCUACUCCGCCAUCUUGAUGGAGUUCAUCACCCCUCCCGCCUAUGAAAACACCGUGGUCAGCGUUGGUGGUGUCGCCAAGGACGGCGAGAUCCUCUUCGCGGGCGCAUCGCCCGCCACCAGCGUCAAGCACGAUGCCACCCAGGUCGACAAGAAGAACAAGCUUCCCGUGCCCACCGACGCCACCUUCAUCAUCGGCGGUGCAGGCUCGACCGCCACCCGCACCGGUCCCGUGGGUACCCGUCUCGAUCUCAUCGACAUCAUGGGAGAACUGCCCACUUUGGUGAAGAACAUCGCCGUCAGCGCCUCGGGCACCCAGCCUUACAUCUACCAAUAUGGCCCGGAGUCGACGUUGAACAUCGCCGGUACCCAGCAAGCGCAGGAGACGGGACCUUCGUUCAUCGAGGCCACUUUCAUCUCAUAG